CAUGCUCCUGCUCCUGCUCCUGCUGCUGCUGCUGCUGCCAGCGAGGCUGCUCUGGGCUCAGGAGGGGGCGUGGUGGCGGGAUUUCUCCCUGAAGGUGCAGAGCCGGGUGAAAGUGCAGGAGGGCCUGUGCGUCCAUGUGCCCUGCGUGUUCACCACCCUCGGAGAGUGGACUGAGUCGGACGCGGCUCACGGCUACUGUUACCACUCACCGCACACUUUGCUGCUUGCCUUUUUCCGAGGCUCCGCCCUGAGUGGGGAUCCACGCUGUCCUGCAGCCCCUUUGCCAGGCCUCCUCUCCUCAUCUGCCCGCCCCGAGUUUGCAAACCAGCUUUUCCCACGGGCCUCCGUGGCCUCCGAGUCCACCCCGCAUCUCACCCUGCACGCGCUUUCUCCAGCUGACCCUGCCGUCCUUCUGCUUCCUCGAAGUUCUCAGGCCUCGCAGUCUCUGCAUUCCCUGCUUCUCCUUCUGGAGUCCCCUCCCCUCCCCGCCACCGGCCCCCAGCCUGACCUCCGUGCUCACCCGGGUGUGAGAACGCUGCUCAGAGCAGCCUGGCCGACCAGUACCCGGGGCCAGGCGAAAGUGUGGAUAAGGAGUCUUCCGUGGAGUCUGGCUUCUCGGUUUUCACCCAGGCCUUCUGGGGGCAGCUGGUGGCUUGGCUGGGCGCCCUGUGAAGCCCCAGGCCGUCCCUCUGUCCUGCCGGGACCUGAGUCCAGGUGGACAGAACCUUCAGGGUCUGAGCCGGGCCUCGGCUCCUGCCCACUCCCGUGUCUGCUGAUCACGCAGGCACCGGUUCCCCUGCCGCUGUCUCUGCGCCUGAAUCUCCCUCCUCUGUGUCUCCUCCCGUGUCCUUCCCGUAACCGCUUCGCCACUCUGACCCUCCGCGUCUUCUCUACAGCACCCACAGCCCUGGCGAACGGCUCCUCCCUCCCAGUCGUGGCGGGCCAAGCUCUGCGCCUGCUCUGUGCGGUGGACAGCGACCCCCCUGCCAGGUUGACCUGGUCCUGGGGGAACCUCACUCUGUGCCCCUCGGAGCCCGCGAACCCUGGGGUGCUGGAGCUGACUCCACAGCACCUCAGGGGAGAGGGAGAAUUCACCUGCCGGGCACAGAACUCUCUGGGCUCCCAGCGCGCUUCCCUGAGCCUGUCCCUGCAGGCAGACCACGAGGGGCUUCCACCGAAGGGGCUGGGAGUGACCGGAGUGACCCUGGGGGCAGUCGCGGGAGCCGGCACCACAGCCCUGCUCUUCCUGUCCUUCUGCAUCGUCUUGGUCAUAAUAUGGUCCUGCAGAAAGAAAUCUGCAAAGCCAGCAGCGAGCAAGAGGGAUCCCAUUGGCACCAGCAGCUUGGCCUCACAGGGUCCGCUGGUUGAAUCCCAGCCAGAUGACAGCUCCUCGCACCAGCCUCCCCCAUCUGUGACUGCCCUCUCCUCAGAAGAGGAAGAAGAGAUCCACUAUGCAUCCCUCAGCUUCCAUAGGGUGAAGCCCAGGGACCCGCAGGACCACCAGAGCAUCACCAGUGAGUACUCGGAGAUAAAGAUCCACGAGUGAGAAGCCGCUGAGACUCGUCCUGGUUGGAGAGGUCACAGCCCCUCUGGGCUGAGGAAAAGUCAGGUCCUGUAGAAGGAAGAAUCCUCCAAGUGAGCCUGCUAUGCAUCCAGAGCCCGUCCUCAGCAGUGCUGAAGCUGUGCUGCUACCCUGCAUCUCCUCUCUCCCUCCACCUGGCACUGCAGCCUCCCAUAAUCUACUUCUGUGAGUUUGACUUUUUUAGGUUGCACAGAUGAAUGAGAGACACAGUUCCUAUUUAUCUGUGCCUGAAUCACAGCACUUAACAGUAUGUCCUCUAGGCUCAUCCAAGUGGUUGCAAAAAAAAAGGCAAUAAUGCAUUGUAGGGCUGGGGAUUUAGCUCAGCUGUGCUGCCACCUGCCUUGCAAGUGCAAGGUCCCAAGUUCGAUCCCUGGUACAAACCAAACCAAAACAAAGACAAAUAAUGUAUUGUAGACAGAGGGUGUUAAAUGUUCUUCCUAAGAAUGGUAAGUAUUUAAGGUGAUAGGCUAAUUAGCCUUAUUUGAUCAUUCCUCAAGGUGUGAAUCUAUUGAAAAAUCACACUGUGCCUAAAAAGGCAUAGAUAACUAUUAUUUGUCCAUUAAAAUGAACUUUAAAGAAUUCCUGUACGUGAUGAGCUAUAACUAUAGUGAAAGAAGUUGAUAAGCUAUAACUUUAGUGAAAGAGCACAGGCUUUGAAAGCACUCCUGAUUCAAAUCCACAUUCUGCCCUCUUAUAAAGUAAGGAACAGAAAAAUCCCACCCCUCAGUGCCUCAGUUUCCUGCUCAAAAAAUAGGGAUCAGAAGCCCUCCUUCAAGGUGAGAACGACAGGAAUAAAAUCCCACCAUAGCUCCUGGAACAGAUGGGACUGAGCACACGCUGAAUCUGGAUCCUAUGCUUUGAACAAGGGGUCCUGCUGGGGGUUCCUCCCUUGUCUGGGAAUGGUCAGUUAUCUGUGUGAGGAUGCCAGUUGCCUACAAAUAGCUGUUUCACAGCUUUUGCAAAAGUGACUUCAGCUUGUGAAUCAGAUCUGUGCAGCGUCUGGGCUCUCUCUCUCUCUCUCUCUCUCUCUCUCUCUCUCCCUUUGAUCUUGAGGCCUUGGACUCUUCAUCUUGCAGGCAGUCCAGAGGGGAUCAUUUGGACAUCCAGAGCAGAGUUCACUAAUGGCCCCUUGCUCCUGAACAACCCCUUCAGCUUCCUCAUGGCCUCACUCCUCCAUCCAUGCUGCCUGCUGUUCCAUCUGGUCUUUCUAAACCAUUUUCAGGGCACCCCACCGAUUCAUGCCUCAGUCCUUGAUACUGAGGUCCCUCCUCCUAGAAUGUCUUCCCACUGAACCUCCAGCUGCUUCUGUGUCUGGAAGUGGAGCUUGAGGGGUGGCCUCUGGAUUGAGAUGAGGGAGGCAAGAGGCAGCUCAUGGUCUCCCUGCUCUCAAGCCAAACCAAGCAAAUGAGCAAAGUGCCCCCCUCAAAUCUUAGGAUCAUCUGGAAAAUGCAAUAACAUGAUUUAAAAUUCACUUACACAUGUCACCCAAACCAGGAAAGGAAUGGAAAACAAUUGCUUGAUACAUGUAGUCUUGAUGGCAAGAAAUCAAAGGAUGGAUGAAACACAAACAGUUCUUUAAAUCUGGAUCCUAGCCCAUUUAUGGAAGCACUGAAAAACAAAAUGUCAGGGAACAAUCUUUUAAACAAACAUGCAACUUCUGUACUGAAAAAUACAGAACGUUGACAGGAAAAAAGAAGAUCCUAAGAAAUAUACCAUGUUCAUGGACUGGAAGAACAAUAUCAUUAAGAUGUAAGUUCUCUCUAUGUUGAUUUAAAGUAAUCCCAGUCACUAUACAUAUACAUAUAUAUGUGUGCAAGUGCGUGUGUGAUAUAAAACAUGGGCAUAUAUGGAAUACGUGUGUAUAUAUAAGGAUAUAAUGUGUAUAUAUAUAUAUAUAUGUACAUAUAAUAUGUAUAGAUUGAUGAGUUGAUUAUAAAAUUGAUACGGAAGUGUAAAGGGCUACAAUAGCCCAAAAUCAUGUAAAAGUAAACCACUGUAGGAAAAUAAAGCUUUAACUUUUUUUCUUCCUUCAGGCUUUACUAUUAAGCCAGGGUAGUCAAGGCAGUGUGGUAUAGAAUAGAAUAGAAUCUAUAAAUAGACCACAUAGAUGUGGUCAAUAGAAUUUAAAUUCAUUCCACUGGGACAGACAGAAAAACUUUUCAAUUAAUACUGGUAGAACAAGUGGAUCAAAGUAUGGAAAACAAUGAACCUUGACUCCAUCACACACACAAAAUAGUCUGAGAUGACUCAUAAACCUGACAGUGAAAGUGGACACUCAAACUUCCAUAACUGUGGCCUUCAAUGUGGUGCUACUAGCCACACAGGGCUAUAGAGACUUAAAAAAUGCUACAUUUAGUAAGCAAAAGAAGAAUAUAAGGCUUCCAUUAAUUUCAAUUUUGGUGGCACGUCAAAAUGAUAUUUGAACAUAUUUGGCUAAUAAUAUGCUAUUAAAAGUAAUUUCAUUUGUCUCAUCUUACUUUUUGUUGUGUCUACUAAAACAUUCAAGAUUACAGAUUGGAUUGCAUUGUAGCUAGGCAGUGGUCCUAUGCAGGAAAACUGAGA